GAUGGGUCAGCGACAGUGUCUGAAGCUACAACAUCUGAAGGCAAUGCUCUUAAAGUUAAGGAAUUGGAAGCCACAAUUAUCGAAGAUGAAGUUGCUUCAAGUCAAGGUAUAAAAAUUAGGAGAAGACCACCAACUGGACAACCUCUUCAUUAUGUCGGACCUUUUGAGUUUCGCUUGCAGAAUGAAGGCAAUACUCCUCGUAAUAUUCUUGAAGAAAUUGUAUGGAAUAAGGACGUUGAAGUCUCUCAGAUGAAAGAAAGAAAACCGCUGAGCACGCUGAAAAAGCUGUUAGAUAAUGCUCCCCCUGUAAGAGAUUUUAUUGGAGCACUUAAAGGCGCUUAUACACAAACUGGUCUACCGGGUUUGAUUGCCGAGGUAAAAAAGGCUUCACCGAGUAGAGGAGUCCUUAGAGAAGAUUUUGAUCCG